AUGUCCGUGAAGAAGAUGAGAUUGAAAAGGGCAACGAAUUCUCGGAUAUCCGAUUUCAUUUCUCUAAUAAAAGAAUCCACACUGCAACUGUUGGACGCUCAGGAUGUCCGUGAAAAGAUGAGAUUGAAAAGGGCAACGAAUUCUCGGAUAUCCGAUUUCAUUUCUCUAAUAAAAGAAUCCACACUGCGUAUGUCCAACGAUGCCGACAAAAAAGUGAAGAUUACGCCAGCGAAUGUGCCAUGUGCUCAACCACGUCGCCAACUUCUUCGGGUUACUCGAUACUGGCCUCUCCGCUCCGACCAGUCUUUCAUUUACAAUGUCCCAAAGGUGUGUGCUUGUUUGCAACUUUACAAAAAAGGCAGUUCUGUUGCCUAG